AUGACUUGUAUUAUUGAGGACACGCCGGCACGGCCGCCCCAGCGACCACAGCGAGCCCCACGCACCCAAGAUCGCCGUCGUGCCCGUGCACAGAAUCAGCGGCGCGUACUCGCCCACGACAACGCUCGUUUUGGAGGGGCCACCGGCCGCACCGGCCGCCAGCAGUGCGCCGCUGAUGGGCCCGCUGAGCACAAACCCCAGGCCGCGGCCGCCCAUGAGCAUGCCAAAGACGAGGCCCGUGUUGGCCGUCUCGUCGCGCCGCUUCAUGUCGUGCAGCACGGCCGACCAGGUCGACGAGAAGCCGCCGGCGAAAAAUCCGUAGGCCAGCGCAAACGCAAUCAGAAUGGCCAGCGGGUUGCCGUGGAAGCUGGCCAGGUCGCUGACAUACCAAAGAGCAAAGACGGACACGGCGGAGCCGAUCGACGAGAUGAGCACGACAGUGGUGGCGGGCAUCCGGUCGCCGAGCAUGCCCAUGACCAUGGUGCCCGGGACGGAGGCGACGGAAAAGAGCGCGAGAAGGAGCGGCCCCGCGUAGGUGGCGAGCCUGGUGGACUGCUCGAGGCCGAGCGCGACGGCGUAGGCGGAGAGGUAGGUGUUGGGCAUCUGGUAGCCGAGGGACUGGAUCAUGUUGCCGACCAUGAGCAUCCAAAAGAGGGGCCGGCGGAAGAAGACGAGCGAGGAGGCCAGUGUGGUGGUGGUGGUGGGGGCGCCGACAGGAGACGGCCGGUGGGAGCCGGUACUCUCGUCGUCGUUGCUGUGGUUGUUGGCACCAUCUCCGUUGGUCUCGUUCUCGUCGUCCCUGCCGAUCGCGUCUGCCGACAAAACACCUUCCGGAACGCGCGCCGCCAUGACCGCCGACGCCACGGCCCAGCCCCGCAGCGUCGUCUCGACGCCGUACCGCUCGAGAAGCACGGCCACCAGGAGCGGCAUGCCCCCGCCCACGGUGCUCUUGGCCGCCCACAUGACGCCGUACGCAAACCCUUUGCGCUCAAGGAACCAGUCGUCCAGACUCAGCGACGCGGCCCCAAACAGCAGCGCACAGCCCAGCGCAUACAGCACACCCUGUGUGGCGAUGAGCGCGGCCGCCGAGGAGCUCGCGCUGGCGCCGGGCGCGGACGAACCAGCGAUGCUGGCGACGGACACGACCAGACCCAGCGGCCCGCACCAGGGCCGGAGACGGGGGAAACGCGUCAGGGCGGCCAUGACGACGGGGACGGCGAGGUACAUGACGCCCGUCUGGGAGGUGCCGAUGGAGGUGACGCUGCCGGGAGAGGCGUCGACGAGGCUGUGGGUGGCAUAGUACUGACGGAAGACGCCAAACGAGAGGGAGUAGCCUGGGAGGUCAGUGGAGGGAAAUUAAAAAAAAAAAAAGAAGGAAAGAAAACGAGAAGGAGGGGGGGGGAGCUCACCCCAUAUGGGCGCCUGUGCCAGCGAGCACGCGGCCAGCACGAGAUAGGCGCCGCGGCCCCGGUCGGCCGGCGGCACGGUGCGGCGGCCGUAGGUGACGUGGGCCGGUGA